ACUUGAUUUUAUCAAUCGUUAUCUUUGAAGAAAGCCAAAAUGCUCUUGUAAAUCUGUAAUAUUAUAUGUUCGUAAAGAAUACAGCAGUGCAAUUUAGGGUAGUGUUACUUAAACCGCUCCUUUUCACACAAAAUUAGCUAACUACAAAACCGUAUUUUCAUACAAAGCUCCUUCCGCUUUGUGCAAAUAAAACCACGCCCCUUGUACGUGUAUCUUGCGUACUACGUCAUCGGCAGUCCUUAGUAACACGGAGGCGUCUCGAGGCGGCACAAUCACACAACAUGGGUUUGCUAUCAAUUUUGCGAAAGCUGAAAAGUACCCCGGACCAGGAGGUCCGCAUUUUGCUUCUUGGGCUGGACAAUGGUGGCAAGACCACUCUGCUCAAACAGCUGGCCUCAGAAGAUAUCAGCCACAUUACACCAACACAGGGUUUCAACAUCAAAAGUGUGCAGUCUCAGGGUUUCAAACUAAACGUGUGGGAUAUUGGUGGACAGCGUAAGAUCAGGCCAUACUGGAGGAACUACUUUGAAAAUACAGAUCUUCUGAUUUAUGUUAUUGACAGUGCAGAUCGCAAACGAUUUGAAGAAACAGGACAGGAGUUGGCUGAGUUAUUAGAUGAAGAGAAGCUCAGUGGGGUUCCUGUUCUCAUCUUUGCUAAUAAGCAAGACCUCCUCACUGCAGCCCCUGCAUCUGAAAUCGCUGAGGGACUGAACCUGCACACCAUUCGAGACAGAGUAUGGCAGAUCCAGCCCUGUUCAGCUCUCACUGGUGAAGGUGUCCAGGAUGGCAUGAACUGGGUGUGUAAAAGUGUGAACGCAAAAAGGAAGUAGACCUGCAUAUUCCCUACACAGUCACUCCAGGAAAGCAGUGUGUACCUCUGUAUGUAUAAACAUGUUAUGUAUAUACAGCUUUAAAAAUUAAGAUUAUUAAGACGUAUAUAAAGAGAAUUCACACAAGGACCUGUGGUCCAUUUUUAUACUUUCAGGUUCUUCUUUCUUAAAAGCUUUUGUCAUUAUGGCUCAACAUUUUGUCAGUCAUACAUUUGAGUGUUUUUAUUUAAAAAAAAAAAAGGGAGCAUUUUAGUAGCCUGAUUGUUGAUUUAUAGUUUGAAUAAACACAUUUUGUCGUUAUAUUUAAGGUCAAAACCAGGUCAUCGUUGCACUGGCACUACAUUUCCAAAACAUUCUGAAUCUAAUACUGUGUUACACUUUGAAUAGUUCUUGCACAUUUAAAAUUUGCCCCUACAGGUUACAUUUGUGACUUUUUUUUUUUUUUUUUUCCUUGACCAUUCUUGUCACUCCAACUUUUAUUGCAAAUUUUUUUUGAUCACAUUCUUUUUCUAAGUAUAUUUUUGUAACAUAUUGUAGAAGGCUUUAAUGUCACUUUUCAUAGAAUGCUGUAAAAAAAAAAAAAAAAUUUAAAAAUAAAGUGGUUGUGCCCAAACCUGAUAUAACCUUCAAAGUUUAUGUACAAAACAGCAGGAAAUGGAAUGUGCUUAAGUCUGAUGUACAUAAUUUUGGAAGUUAACUAAAUAUUUUCCGCAAACACAUUAAUAUGAUGCCGAAGUUUAAGCAUCUUCCUGUGGCAUCUCUGAAUUUAUUGCUGUUGUAUGUGUAAUAAUGAAAUAUAUACAUAAAAUAAAGUUCUAUGAGAUUA